UGACGUGUUAAUUGAUGCAGAGUUCAGCACUCGCCACGAUCAGAAAAACAUCCUCGUCUCCCUUUACUUUUCACUUUCAGUGCGGUCCGUUUUUCCAACCCUUUCGCGAUGUCCGAAUCUACGCGGCACUACGGGCAAAUAGCCCUCAUCAUUUUAGGUUACGUUUUGUGUUCCUCUGUCCCUGCCGAUGCGGCCGUCUCAAAAUACAGCGAGUACAUUGCUCCAUGUCCCGUAAACGACCAGGCCUUCGGGCAAUGUGUCAAAUCCGCAUGGCAACAAAUUUUCAACCUGAUGAGGACAGGAGUCAAAGAAGUAGGUAUUACUAAAAUUGACCCGAUGUACGUUGAAAAAAUGACCAUGAAUCAGGGCAGAGACGGUGAUGCAAUGUCCCUGAGACUCACUUUAAUCAACGCCACUCACACAGGAAUGAGUUACGCCAAAGUUACCAAUGUUGAUGUGGUUCCUGAGAAGUACAAGUUCAACAUAACUUUCACCAUCCCGCAUUACGAAAUCGACGGGCAGUACGAUGUGAACGGUAAAAUUGUCAUGAUUCCGGUCAUGGGUAAAGGUCACGGACAUGCUAAUCUGACUGAUGUCAAAGUCACCUGGAGGAUUCAAGGCGAAAAGGCAGUCGACAAGGUAGGCAACCGAUUCCUGAAAUUGACCAAAUUCGGGAUGGAUCUUAAGCCCCGUAGACUUCACUUCCAGUUUGACAACUUAUUCAAUGGAAACAAGGAACUUGGACGAAUGACCAACAACGUUUUGAAUGAUCAGGCUGAGGAAAUAUUCAAGCAGAUGAAACCACUCAUGGAAAAGCAAAGUAACCAGCUGAUGUUCGGCGUCGUUAAGCGAUUCUUCGACAAAAAUCCUUACACCGACAUCUUCCCUGGAGUCAAAGUUUAAUACGGAGAUACUUUUCUGUUCAGAGAGUGAGCAAAACUUUCAUGAACCCAGGAUAAUGAGACCACCUCUAACAGAAUGAAUUAUUUUCCAAAACUGUAAUUUUUUCUCUGAUUAGAUCAAAAAUGACAGCACGCAAAAAAAUUUCGGCAGCCUUGAGAUUAUGAAUCGAAACUGACCCCUCGUUAACUUCAUGACUACUGAAUCUAUCUAUUGAUUAACCAAUCAAUUAAUUGAGUCAUUAAUUUAUUUAUUUGUAUCGACAAAUGUAAUUCAUUCCGAGAACACGUCCUUAUUUUAUACGUGUUACGCUAUUGAGUGUCCUUAACUUCGUAGUUCUGCCCUGAAUCAUGUCAAAACUCACUAUACGUAUUAUAAAGAGUCGAACAAUAGCUCCUUCAGGCAUAUCGUAACCAGCAAAAUAAAGGUAAAUUUUCUAGGUAUUAAAGAAAAACCUUCAGAUAUUGUGACUAUGACAUGAUUUUGGCGAUUUUAUUUUUUUAAACUAUUCCUACUUGUGAUACCCACUCAUGCUGCGCAUUGCUAAGUCUAGUUCGGAGCAAAUCUACGUGAGAUUAAAAUUUUGACGUUGAACGAAAUAAUUUGCGUAACACCAAGUUGAAUUUUCAAGAAAAUUCGCAAUUAUGAAAUUGCUUUCUAAGACGCAAAUUAUCAAGUAAAAUAGCUAUGCAAUGUGCGUGAGCAAGGGCAUUUUCAAAAAUGCUGUGAUUUAAUUAGUUUAUAAGUGUGAGUGUGUGAAUGCGUGAAUUGUAUUUGUAGUGUGAUGCUAAUGUCUUUAUUCCAAGAAGAUAAUAAUCUCAAUUUGGAAUAUAUUUGUAUAUGAGUGAAUUGCUACUCUGUGCCUGCAAUGGAAAUUACUUAAUUUACCUUAUCAGACCACCCAAUUUUAUUUUACUUCGUGUGUAACGAUGUUUGAUACUCGAACCGCUUUACAUAUCAAUGUCCGUAGAUAAUUCAAAUUUAUUUUUAUGGUUACCCCACCAUAAAACGGUGGUCAGCGAAUGGAACGCGCUAAUCAUGUUGUGACCUUCCCCAUGUUCCCAUAUUUUGUCUCUCAAUUUCAUUCAGAAAACAGGAGUUAGUUCUUCUGUUUUUAAAUUCAUUAAAAUUCAUCCUGAUACGAUCAUACUUUUGGAAGUCUGAGAAAUUCUUUUGAAUAAUUGUCAAAUGUUUUAAUUAAUUUUCUCAGUGCAUCUAAUUUUUUUUUCCAUUUCUUCCUCAAUUACUAGAAUUUACAAAUGUAGAAAGUUCUAUUGGCCCUCUCCUAUUUCACUGUAGUGUAUGACUACUUUUUAAUUCGGUAUAAGCAACCUAUCAUUUAAGAUGUGUUAUAACGUAUAUUCCUUAAUUUAUUUGUAAUACUCCAAAUUUUGUUUAGGGACUUCAAAAUCCAAACGGAUUUUAACAUGAUCCACAAACUGUCUCAUUCUUUUAAUUAAAUUAAUCUCGAAUUAAA